GUGCUGUGGCAUAGCAGGUAAAGCUUCUGCCUGCAGGGCCAGCAUCGCAUAUGGGUGCCAGUUUGAGUCCCUGCUGCUCCACUUCCAGUCCAGCUCCUUGCUAUGGCCUGGGAAAGAAGUAUAAUAUGGCCUAAGUCCUUGAGCCCCUGCACCUACAUGGGAAACCCAAAAGAAGCUCCUGGCUUUGAUACCAGGCCUCAGGUUUCAUAGCUCACACAAGUGCUUAGUAUUCCAUACCCCUGAGGGCAUCCCUUGGAAGCAAAUGCUAGAAUAAACCCCUGGGAGCAGAGGGGGGACAGGGGAGUCCCUGAGAGGAACAGGGACUUGUCCAGGGACACAGGCCUGGAGGAAGGAGAUGCCAGUCUGACCCUGGUCUAUGACCUCCUAGUUGGAGAGUAUGGCUGGCCCAGGCCUCCCUCAGGGAUCUGGGCGGGGGGUGAUGGUGUAACUGGGUGCAGGUGUGCACACAGCAUCUGUCCCAGGGGGCAGUCAGCUGUGAUAGAACCCUAGGGGAGGUCCGCUGAGAGGACCUCAGGAAGUGACCUCACUUCCUUGACGAUGGCCACAACAGAACCUGGAACCCCGGUUACCAGGCGCCCACAAUGUGGUGCUGGUGACCCAGCCAGUUCAGUUGGUCAGAGGCCAUCGAGCAGAUAUGUUCUCGUGUUGUCUCCCAACAUCCCAAGGCCCAGGCCGGGGCCAGCCCCAGGCUGCGGAUAUUCUCCAGAGCUACAGACAUUGGGUCAGCCCUCGCCCACAGCAGCUCUGGCAAUUCUCUCAGAGGGAAGCCAAGAAUGACAGUGACUUUGCCACAUCCCAGGAUGACACCAGCGGAGUGGGGGCCAUGGUGGCAGGCAGGCUGGAGGGGGAGCCCUCACCAAAAGCAGCUGAUUCAGCUUCCCUGGAGCCGGACCCUGCAGAGGCCGCGGCAGCGGAGAUGGGGCCAGGAUCUAUGCUGGAAUCAGAGGAGCCAGCAGCACAGGCCCCUGUGCUGUCCCUGUUGGCUGCCAGCAGUGUGGGGACCCUGGACACAGCCGUGGUCGAGAAGCUGGUGACGCAGCUGCUGCCUGCCCAGCAGACUGGGGACCCCUUCAUCGUCCCCAGCUUCUUGUGCAAUUAUCGAAGGUUCACCACCACCCAGCAGGUGCUGAACCUGCUGUUUCACAGGUAUGCCUACUUCCAGCCUCACUGUGAAGAGGACGACCGCACUAAGGACGCCCUCUGCUCCAUCCUGGGAACCUGGCUGGAAAACUAUCCAGACGACUUCUAUGAGUUCCAGGACCUGGCCAGGCUGAAACAACUGGUGGCCUACGUCAGGCUCCAUAUGCCCUUCUCGGACCUGGCACGCCGGGCCCAGCUGCUCCUCACAGAGUUGGAGGACGCGGAGCCCAAGGAGCUGGUGGCCAAGCCCAAGGCCUUUGGUCUUCCUGCAGUGGAUCUGGAGGCCCCUAGGUGUCCAGAAUAUGAACUGGAGUCAGGCCCUGCUGAGGAACCAGAUGUCACUCCUGUGCCCUCCUGGUCGGCUGCUCACAAUAUGGGGACCCUGGACACCGCCAUGGUCCAGAGGCUGGUGAAUUUGCUGGUGCCUGCGCAGGAGAGAGGGGACCCCUUCAUCAUCCCCAACUUCUUGCGUGUCUACCGAAGUUUUGCCACCACCCAACAGGUGCUGCACCUGCUGUUUCACAGGUAUGCCUACUUUCAGCCUGGCAGAGAAGAGGAUGACCGUGCCAAGCACGUCCUCUGCUCCAUCCUGGAAAUCUGGCUGGAAAACUAUCCAGAGGACUUCCAUGGGUUCCAGGACCUGACCUGUCUGCAUCAGCCGGUGGCCUACGUCAGGCUCCAUAUGCCCUUCUCGGACCUGGCACGCCGGGCUCAGCUGCUCCUUAUAGAGUUGGAGGACGCAGAGUCCAAGGAGCUGGUGGCUGAGCCCGAGGAAACAUCACUGCCCUGGGCAGUCUUUCUUCUAGCUCCAGAGACACUGGAGUCCCCUGAGUAUCCAGCAGGGGGGUCAGGACCCCCCCAGGAACCAGAUUUUACUCCUGUGCUCUCCUUGUCGGCUGCCAGCAACGUGGAGACCCUGGACACAGCCUUGGUCGAAAAUCUGGUGGAUGAGCUGGUGCCUGCCCUGCAGCGAGGGGACCCCUUCAUCGUCCCCACCUUCUUGCACACCUAUCGAGGGUUCAUCACCACCCAACAGGUGCUGCACAUGCUGUUCCACAGGUAUGCAUACUUUCGAUCCGACUGUGAAGAGGACAACUGUGCUAAGGAUGCCCUCUGCUUCCUCCUGGGAUCCUGGCUAGAAAAGCACCCGGAGGACUUCUCCGACCUGGCCUGCCUCCAUCAGCUGGUGGCCUAUGUCCAGCUCCAUAUGCCCUUCUCGGACCUGGCCUGCCGAGCCCAGUUGCUCCUGAUGCAGCUGGAAGACACAGAGCCCACGGAGCUGGUGGCUGAGCCAGAGGAAACAUCAUUGCCCUGGGCAGUCCCUCUUCCUGCUGCAUUGAUUUUUGAGGCCCCUGAGUGCCCAGCCGCUGGACCGGGGUCAGGACCCCUCCAGGAACCAGAUGUCACUUCUGAGCUCUCCUUGUCGGCUGCCAGCAACGUGGAGACCCUGGACACAGCCAUGGUCAAUAAGCUGGUGGAUGAGCUGGUGCCUGCUCAGCAGCGAGGGGACCCCUUCAUCGUCCCCACCUUCUUGCACACCUAUCGAGGGUUCAUCACCACCCAACAGGUGCUGCACACGCUGUUCCACAGGUAUGCAUACUUUCGGUCCGACUGUGAAGAGGACGACUGUGCUAAGCACGCCCUCUGCACCAUCCUGGGAACCUGGCUGGACUCUUUCCCGGAGGACUUCCAGGACCGGGCCAGCCUGAAACUGCUGGUGACCUACGUCCAGCUCCAUAUGCCCUUCUUGGACCUGGCAAGCCAAGCCCAGCUGCUCCUGAUGCAGCUGGAGGAUCCAGAGCCCAAGGAGGCUGAGGCUGAGCCUGAGGCUCCAGCACCAGGAGGAGACCUGGAGGUGCCUCCUGCAGUGGCUGCUGCACUUCUGGGGUCAGAUUUGGUGCCAACAAUUGCUCCCCAGCCAGAACCAGAUGAAGCCUGUUUGUCCCUGGCAAUUGUGCCAGAUGUGGACAGCCUGGAGCCUCCUGCAUGUCCAGAAGCCAAACCAGAGCCAGAUCGUCCCCAGCCCUGGUUCACGAAGCUGUGCUGGCCCUGGGUCCACCGGCGUGGGCAGCGCACAAUCUCCAAUCAGGACCGUCCCCACCGUCGUUCACCCAGCUGGGUGCGCAUCCUUCUAAGCUGUUUCCCCAUCCACUCAUAGGGGCUCCACUCUGGCCCCAGCCAUGAAUGAAACAUCUGUGGUGGCAGCAAACCCGGCUCUGCACAGCUCAGCUCCUGGGUCCUCCCAGGGCCACCUCCAGCCAGAGCCAUCCUGCCCUGGGCAACAUAGUGUUUUGUAGCUCCCUUUUCUGCUCUCUGAGACAGUUUAUUUCAGUCUCCCUCUGUAUGUAGUCCAAUAUAGCUCUCUUCA